ACACCCCUAACCAUCACCUCGAACAGUCCCCAUAUAGUCUCGCAUACAUAAACAUUCUACCAUCUCUCUCACACACACAUAUGCAAAUACACUUAUUCAUAGACAUUCACAUACAUACACAUAACAUACAUGUUGUAUAUUAGUCACACACACACACAAACACUUAACUUACAUCUAUUAUGCUAGUCACAUACAAAUAUAUGUAUAUACAUAUGCACACGUAACAUACAUUAUCAUGUUAUUCACACAUACACAUACAUAUUAGCAGGCCAGUCCUACUCUUGUACAUACACAUACACACACACAUACACACAUGUUAACAGGUCAGUCUCCACACUUGUACAUACACACACAUAUUAUCAGGUCAGUCCCUGCACUUAUACACACAUACACACACACAAGAGACUUCGCAAUCUGUCAGACUUACGUCGGAACUUCAGACAUGUAUAACGGAACUUUAUAAUCUUUCUCAGCCGGACAUGUUGGCAGAUGAUUGAAGAAUUACAUAGAACACGGAGGAAACAACAUGCAAAUGCUGAAACCACACAGAGAUUAAAAACAUGAACAAUUCUUCAGCCUAUAGAAGGAUCGAUGCUAUCUGUGCCAAACUUAAGAUCAGCUGUAGCAAUGCCAUUCCUGUAUCAAGUAAAACCAUUGCUGGCAAAAAUUUGGACAAUGUGCCGAGGAACAAUGCUCCAGGGAAUGGGAGUAGUUACUCUGCUGAAGAUUGCACUACACAGCACUGGUCUUGCAGUACUCAACGCAAAAGAAGGAAAUCCAGGAGGCCUUGUAACAUAUUCCAUUUGUGGAAAAUUUCUGAGGGUCAGGACAUAUCUGACAGAGAGGAGGAGAAUGAGAAAGAAGAAGAAAAUGAAGACUGGCUAAGGGCUGAUGACAAAGAAAUGGAUGAGGAAUCGAAGAAUGAACGUUAUAGCACACCUCUACAAGAAGAAUACUCUUGUUUCAGCCAAACCCAGGAGUACUGUAAUGAUCAGAGUUUUUUACCUCCCAAUGAAAGCAGUGAUUUUGUACAUGAUGACUCAGUAUUAACCGAGUGUCGUUUGCAUACAGCCAGCACGGAAACCUGUGAUAAAAGAGAUGGGAAUCCUAAUUUAAGGAGUAGUAGUAGUUUCAGUGAGUUUGUGCCCUUAGAUUUAACUGUGAACAAAUCCAAAGACAGCAAUAUGGAACACAGACAUUCUCCGUCCACGAACAUUCUUGAAAAUUCUUCUUCGAAUUCUUCCUCUGCUUCUUCUUCGUCGUCGUUUUCAUCUUGCACCGAAUCGCAAUGUUCUGAUGUGCCUUGUCAGUCGAUUCCUGCUGUUGCACCAGGGUCCCUAACACCAGUGCAAAAGGGACCGGCAAACCAAAUAAUGCCACCUGUGUCCACUCCUCAACAGCAGCAUCAGCAGCAGCAGAAACAACAAUAUCAACAUCAUCAUCAUGACCACGAUCAUCACCAUCCUCCACAUCAUCAUCAUCAUCAUCAUCAUCAUCAUCAUCAUCACUCUCAUCAUCAACAGCAUCAACACCAGCAUCAUCAUAAUCAGCAGCAGCGGCAGAGACAGCAGAAAAGAAAUGGUCGAAAUGUAUUGUUGAAAGAUUAUGCUGAAAGUACAAUGAAUGAAGUGUUGACUAUGUAUGGUCUCGCAAAUGGUGGUUUGGACCAUCAUCCAACAAAAAUGGCUUCACACCGAACCUUGGUUGUCAGCGCCAGCAGUGCACUUAACAUGGAGCGUAGUUCUUUGUCAGCCAGUCCCGAUGUCACAACUUCAUCCAUGGUUGGCAAUGACGACACAACUGAGGGGUCAUUAGACGCUACCGAUACAUCAGCUUGUGAGAUAUCCGAUAAAACCGUCCCAGUUGGUCCUAUUCCAGAGAACGAAGAUACAGUGGACAUGAAGCCGAAUCUACCAUUGACUGGUUCAGAUGAGAACCAGGAACUUCCAAACCAGGAUAUGGUCCUUGCGGAUACACCAAAGCUUAUUCCAGAAGUACUUAAGAAGUACAAUGUUUUUCGUCCUUUUUAUUUUGACAGAUUCAGUAGCAGCACAGAAUGCAGUGUGUCCCACUGCAAAGACAUGCACUACCGUGAACAUUAUCAUUGUUUUGACUGCAAUUAUAAGGUGUUUUCCAAAAAGGAAGAAAUGGUUCGUCACUUUAAAUGGCACAAGAAAAGAGAUGAUUCUCUUCAAUAUGGUUUCAUGCGUUACAGCCCCAUGGAUAAUUGUAGUUCGCUCUACCCAAAUUGUUCUCACAACCGACGCCAAACACAUUACCACUGUUUGCAGCAACCAUGUGAUAAAGUCUACAUUAGUACAUCUGAUGUCCAGAUGCACGCCAACUACCAUCGAAAAGAUUCUGCUAUCAUUCAGGAAGGUUUCCAACGAUUCCGAGCCACCGAGGACUGCGGCACUCCCAGCUGUUCAUUCUACGGACAACGCACAACACACUUCCAUUGUCGGCGUUCAGAUUGUAAAUACACGUUCAAAAACAAAGCUGAUAUGGAAAAACACAAGAGCUACCACCAGAAAGAUGAACUGCUGGGACGGGAUGGUUUCAAGAAAUUUAUGAAGUAUGAACACUGCAAGUUCUCUCAAUGUCGUUUUUCUAAAGUCAGCAAUCACAUCCACUGUAUCAGACCUGGUCACACUGCUGUAAACGACAUGUUACACAUGUUCCUUCCAAGCACUGCUGCUGAAACAGGUCUUGGAGGAGGUGGAGAAGCAGCUAGUGACAAAUCCAGUACAGAUGUGACAACCACGCCAAGUAUUUCUUCAUCCUCCUCUGUGGUACCAUCUCAAAAAUCCUCGCUGACUGCAAUGGUUAAUAAUAAUAAUAAUAAUAAUAAUAAUAAUAAUAAUAAUAAUAAUAAUAAUAAUAAUGGCAGUGGUAGUAGCUUGGACAAAUCAAUCUUAUCAAAUUCUUUGUGUCUUAAAACUGCUUCUUCGAACAUAUCUCUAGAGACUAAUAUCAAAAGUAUAAAGAAAGAAGCCAAAAUUGAAGAAGAUUUCAGUUAUAUGGAUGAGAAACGGCAUCCACCUCAGUUUCAGUCUUUCCGUCAAGACUCUGCAUCUCCCAAGGACGAUGAUUCCGGUUGCAACAUGGCGGUUUCUUGUGCAGAACCUUCUGGAACACUGGCCAUGAGGGCUUCCAAACUCAGUGGAGAUUCUUUGAACAACUCUCUCAACCUACUGAUUCCAGUGAACUGUGCCAAGUCGGAACUUUACACCAGCCAUCUUGUCCUCAACAUGAACAGCAAUUCUGUUAAUGUUGGACAGGUGAGAGCUGGGGAUAGGAGAGACAAGGAUGAAAACUGGAAAACCUAUCUGAAAAGGUAUACUGCAAAUGAUCCCUGUAACCCACGCUGUGACUAUCUCUACAAGGACCAUUACCAUUGUCAAGUGCUUGGUUGUACAGUGAUGUAUCGCUCGAAAGACGGAGUACGCGAACAUGCCAGAUUCCAUGAACUCCAAGACCAUAUCACAUCGAACUGCUACAUCUUGUACAAAUCUAAUGAGCCAUGUCUACAGAAGUGCGAGUUCAAUUUGAAGGAGAAGCACUUUCAUUGCCAAUAUUCUGCCUGCAACUUCAGCACGUCUUACUCUGAUGCUAGUUUUGCAAGACUUGAACAUUACCAGCUCCAACACAACCCCCAAGUGACGGCCAGUAAGUUAAAGCUAUCCUUAGUGAAGUAUGACCUCGAUGCCACGAGACCCCGGCGGGGACGGCCCCCCAAAUAUUCCCGCAUUGACAUAUCACCUGUUACCAAAUUUGAACCCAUGCAUUCAGAACACUUCAAAAUAUUCAGCGAAGAACAAAAUGGUUUUGUGAGUGGCCUUCAAAAUAACCUGACAACAUCAACAACAACAACAACAGCAACAUCAUCAUCGAUAACUGACAGUUACAAGGUUUACAAGGCUGGGCAAAAUUGUCUUGACAAACUGUGUUUAUAUUUUAUGAAGGAACAUUAUCACUGUACAAAACCCCGCUGUCACCAUGCUACAGACCGAUUGGAUGUCCUCAAUUUGCACAUCAAGGAUUUUCACAGUUUUGUUAACAUACUGGAGGGCUUUCAGUUCUUCGACCACAAUGUAGAUUGCCGAUACAAUCACUGUCAUUAUAACAAAGCAAACAAACAUUUCCAUUGCACUCGACCACAUUGUGAUUAUUCUUUUGUUAGACACAGCACUAUGGUUCAGCAUGAUAAGAAGCACCAAAAUCACUCCUCGAACAACAACGAUAACAAAAACAACAACAACUACAACAACACAUGCACUAAUACCAAACUCACCACUUACGUUCCAAUCAUGCCAGCCGUUUCAAAAGUAGCCAUUCAACCUUCUUCAACUAAAGCAGUGAUCAAAUCAUCUGGGAUAUUUUAUCCUUUAUCUACAAUUCCUACCAGCCAGCCAUAUCCAGUUACCAUUCCGUCACAGACCUUGGUGUCAAACAGUAGUAACCUUACUAAUCCCAGAGUAAAUAUCAGCAUUCCUCUUAUCAGUGAGAUUAGUUCUCUGAGUUGCAGUUCUGCUGAGACAUCUGGGAGUUCUUCUUGUAAUGAUGUUCCUUCUUUACCAUUUCUCUUACAGCAGAAGAAGAUUGAAAGUACAUCUCAAUGUCAAAACUGGGACAGCAUCAGGACCCAAAUACAUUUUUCGGUGUAUCAAAAUUGUGGCCGUCCUUUCUGCAAGCUCAAGAAAAAAGACCAUUACCAUUGUCUUCAGUGUAACCAAGCAUUUUCUGAGUGUGCCCGAUUGCAGUAUCACUUGAGCAGGCAUGGGCUCAAGUUCCUUUCUAAUGUAGUUAAACCCCCACUGUUAGAGAAUUUGCCAACUGACUUGUCUGACGAUGGGAAUAGCAACUUCAGUAUUAAUUCCAAACAUGUGAAGAACUUUACUGAAGAAGCAGAAACCUUGGAUGAAGAAAAAGCCUCAUCUUUCUCCACUGGAUUAAAUAAUCCUGUGAAAAUAUCAUCUGAUUUGGAUUCAAGGCUGACAACAGGUUGUCACAUGGAUCGAAGAUCUCCCAGUAUGUGUUCCGGAAUGAAUUCUUUUGGUGAGAGUAUUCCAACAGAGAGGUCAGAAAUUGACCAAGAGAAUGAUGACAAUUCCUUGUAUUUAGACAGUUCUCACAGGAAACGGAAAGCAAGUGGAAGUGAAGAAUUUGAAGACGAAGUAACAGUGAACAGGAAACAGCCUCAUCUCAUGAUGCCGUCCGAAACUGAAACCUGUAAUACCAGUGCCCUUACUACUUACCGAGCGGAAGGAGUACCAGAAGGUUACAUUCGAAUAAGAUAUAAUGAAGACUGUAAAUAUCAACGGUGUACAUACAAACACAUGGUAACGCACUUCCAUUGUCGACGGCAGGAUUGUGGCUAUGGUUUUAGUGAUCGUUCACGGAUCGUUCAACACAAGUUGCGACAUGAACGGAUCGACAGCAUUAUUGGGGAAGAUUUUAAGCAGUUCCGAGCAAGUCUCUCAUGCCAGUACCACAAGUGCCAAUAUGAUGCGAAAUCUUCGCAUUACCAUUGUCUGAAAUGUGACUUUGUUUGCACAGACACAACCAAAGUUACGGCACACCGCAAGCAUCAUGUUAAGAUGGAGACAAUAGCAUCUCAUGGGUUCCAAAAGUUUGUCGGCAGUGAAGGAUGCAGUGUGCCGUCCUGUACUUCAUAUAAGAAGCAAACACACUACCACUGCAUGCAAGACGAUUGCAACUUUGCUGUUCUUGGUUUGUCACAGAUGACAUCGCACAAAGUCAAACACCUCACUGAAUCAGCUAACUUAUAUUAAACAAUCACAUUUUAGUUGUACAACUACAACAAUGAUGACGAUCAUAUUAAUAAUAAUGAUAAUAAUAAUAAUAAUAAUAAUAAUAAUAAUAAUAAUAAUAAUAAUAAUAAAAAUGAAAAUAACACCAAUAAUAGCAACAAUGAUAAUAAUCCUUUCUUUAUUGGUUAAGAAGCCAAAAAAAAUUAAUAAUAAUAAUAAUAAUAACAGUCCUUUCUGCUGUAGGCACACGGCCUGAAAUUUUUGGGGAGGGGUUAAGUCAAUUAUAUUGGCCCCAGUACUCCACUGGUACUUAAUUUAUCAAAUCCCUGAAAGAAUGAAAGGUAAAGUCGUCCGACAGAUAAACAUACAUACAUGUAGCUGUAUGACACUGUAUGCAUAAUAUUGUAUGUGUGGGUAUACAUACAUAGUAUACGUGAUCAUGUGACAUUGCACAUUGGGAUGUAUGACAAUGCUCAUGUGGAUGUGUAACACUGCACGUGUGGACAUGCAACAUUGCAGGAUAGUAGACAUGGGGUUGUUGUAUGUUAGAAGUUGAGUUAUGAAGAUUACAGAAGAUAAAUGGCUAAAAUAUUUCAUUUCCGCGUAACAUUUACAUAGUGUUGUUCUCAGUUAGAAAUAUUGAUCUGGUAUUAGAAAA